AUGAGCAAUAAUUAUUCCCAAAAAAGAAAGAAAACGAAACUAAAAAGAAGAAGCCUUGAAGACCAAAAAGUGGUUUCUGCACUUGGCAAAGUGUCCUGCAAAGGCUGUCGAUUGGAGAAAUGGUUCAAGUGUAAGAUUAAUCCAAAUUUGGUCCAACAAAAAGAUCCUGUAAAGUAUCCCACUGAUUAUCCCGGUUAUGUUCAAUUUUGUGAUAACUUCGAUGACAAACACAGACGUGCUGAUACAUUAGCUGAACUUGAAGCUCCACAAGAAAUAAAGAAGGGAACGAAAAACAAAUCAAAUGAGGAAAUUCAAAUAAUUCAAACCUCGCUGGAUCAAGCAGCCGAAGGAUUUCAAGUUGUGGAAACUGUAAUUUUCGAAAACUAUCGGAAAUCGCAAGUUUUGGGCCAGAAAGUUGAGAACUUUCUGUCAAUUUUUGAUUUUAGAGGAAUCAAAAUCCGAGAUGAUUCUGUCAAAUUAUGGACUAACGACAGCAAACCGAAAAUUCUGUCAAGCAUAUUCUGUACAAUCGAAUAUACCAAAUGUUUUCAAUUCACCCGAAUGCUGAAACAUUGGGAACGACUGAAACUUCUUGGCUACAUCGCCACAAUCUUCAUUGUCCUGAACAUGUCCUAUUUGGAUUUGGUGAAGAAAAUUCAAAAUUCGAAUGGGAACUGA